UGUGGAUCUGUAGAGUAGGGAAAGAUGCCUUGGGAUGUCAUAUCGGCAGAGCUAGGCUGGGGGGUUUCGGGUGGCUGACAGCUUAGAGAUGUAAGGAUUUAAGCUUAUUAUCCUUCCCUCUAAGUAUUCCCUAUGUGGGGGGUACUAAGGGAAGGGGGGAGCAGUGGCCUUGGCAACAGUUGGACGAUGUCACGUCUUACAAGGAUGCGGGACGGGAUAGAGACUUGGAUUCAGUAGGUACUUUUUCUUUCUCUCCCCCGUCCCAGUCUUUGAAGAAUGGGAUGAUGUCACACAUGGUUUAGCAGCCCUGAAUGCCAGGGGAGAGAGGAAUGCCAGUACUGAUGUAUAAGGCAGUGAUUAACGCCCUUCCAUACAUAUAUAUCCUCGCUAAUCGCUGCCACGUUACACAGUAGCGUGUCCCUUCUGUAACAUCGAACGUCUCUCAAAAAGAAUCACAAAUGCCACGUCUAGUACAGGUACUCCUCGCAGCUGGGGCAACUCUCAUCAGCCUUACCUCUGCACAAUGCAACCUUACUCCCAAGGCCAGCAUCGCUACCGCUGAUGGCGUGGAGUUCAAACUCCUGCGCACUGGUCUGCAGAGGCCUCGACACCUCGUUGUCGACACCGAGGGCAACCUUUUGAUCGCCGAGGCUGGCAGCAAGGGUGUGAGGAGGGUUGUCCUCGAUGAUGGUAAGGACCUCGAUGUUUGCAUCGACUCUGAUGACGCCUUAAUUUCUAAUGCGAAUCUGAACCACGGCAUUGCUCUCACUGCCGAUGGUAAAACCAUUCUCGUGUCUACUCCCAGCGAGGUAUACGCCUACGACUACGACGCCUCCAAAGGCAGCGUCGGCUCUCGUCGGACCGUCAUCACGGGUAUGAGUGCCACUUCGACUCAUUCUACCCGAACCCUGACGAUCCCUCUCGCUGGCAAUCCCAACCUGUUGCUCGUGGCUGGCGGAUCCGAUGGUAAUUUGGAUGUCGAAACUGUUGACAAAGAUGUUGUGCGCAGCCAGGUGAGAGUCUUCAAGAUUGAUGAACUUUUAGCGGCGGAUGCUCCUCUAGAGUAUGGUGAGGCGGAGGUACUUGGCUGGGGUCUUCGUAACAGUGUUGGUUGGGCAGAGGACCCUUCUACGGGACAUAUCUGGUCCGUUGAGAACUCAGUCGAUAAUCUUUACCGCGGCGACGUCGAUGUCCAUAACACCAAUCCCGGUGAGGAACUCAACUUCCAUGGCCUUCCCAAUGACACCUCCAGCGCCCAAUAUGGUGCCAACUAUGGAUAUCCCGGAUGCUUCUCCAUCUACGACACCUCCAACAUCAAGGACUACCCUGGAGGAGCAGAGGUUGGCAAGCAGUUUGCUGGCACGCCGCAGGGAGAGAAGGAUCUGGGCUUCACAGAUGAGGAGUGCCAGGAGAAGCAAGCGCCGAGGAUUACGUUCGGAUCACACCUUGCGCCGCUAGACAUUAAGGUCCUUGAUGGUAGCGCGGCAUAUAUUGCAUUCCACGGAAGCUGGAACCGCAACCCUGGUGAUGGCUACCGUCUUAGCAAGGUGGACUUUGCCAACGGCGAGCCAGUGCCGGAAUCUGACGACGCUAAAGCCGAAGUGCCGCUGAUGUGGAACACGGACAAUACUAAGUGCCCUUCGGGGUGCUUCAGACCGGCGGGCCUGGCAUUUGACAAGUCCGGAAGGCUGUUCUUGACCAGUGACUCUACGGGAGAGCUGUAUGUUCUGACAGGUGUAUAAGGGCCUGAAUCCCUUGAAAAAAUAUUAAGUAGAUAAGCUACACUUAGUGGAAUUGACUUUAUUCUUACUAUUACAUUGUGGCCAUGCCAGAAUGUUAUAACAUAAUGAACGAUUUAUCUGUAAACUUAAAGAUCAACGACAAACACUGA